ACAAAAAAAUUUCUGAAAAAUUCACUGGCAUUAAUUAUAAGCAGUAAAAAAAUAUUAUGAUAUAAAUAAAGAAUUAUUGCAAGAGCAUCUUAAUUGGUCAGAUAUUUGAAAUGGAUCAAAUGCGUUUAUCAAUUAGAACAAAACCUCUGCAAAUCCAACAAAAUGUACCAGCAACGAACCUGGCGAUCCACAAUAAAGAAAUGAUCAAUAAUCAGAUAAUAUCGCCCAAUCGGCCAGAGGCUGCUAAAGUUGUUCCAAAGCAAGCUGUUUACAAUCAACGCAAGGGAAUGCUUAAGGAAUUUGGAGAAUUAUUCAGCGCCCUAAUGAAGCUGCCAGAUAAGCAAAUUCAAGCCAAGGUACUUGGGUGUAUAAAUGCUAGUUAUUGUAGCGUUGGGACCCAGACAGAACCCGUAGAAAUCCUGGAACGAUCACCAACAGACUCGAGAGUUGAAAAUGUUACUCACAAGCAGGAUUUGAAGCAGGAACCACUGUCAUUGCCAUCACCAUCGGACACAUCUAGUGAGCUAUCCAAGCCACCGACACCCAAGAAAAGAAAAAGAAAACGAAAAGUUUCCCAACCCCAGGCAAAUAAAGUUUCUCGUGUAGCAGAGACUCAAAAAAGACAUAUGGCGAAAAUGAGUAGACCACAAAACUAUUUACGGGCAAAUGGUCACGCUGGGAAAGAAAUUGGAACGACAGGAACAUACAAUGAAGGAAGGCGCACUCGUACAGAUUCAAACAUUUCUGAUGCAUCGUAUAUAAACAAUUUUGUUGAUGAUUGGGGUAGAGAUAAAAAUGACAAAGAAACAUUAUUUCAAAGUAUCAUUAAAGACCAUUUGAUGAAAAAAAUUCCCUUAGAAAAUGGUCUCUUGCCAAUUCACGAGAGCAUUGUUAAACAUCAGAUUACCAAUUUGAGAAUACAAAUUUUUAUCUGGAAAGAUUGUGAAGGUGCGGAUUUAAAUGAACUUUUAACUGAAGAUGACGAGGAUCUGCUACAAUUAGCCAUCGCCCAUAGGUGUUCAAUAGAUAUAAUUAGUUUACUGCUUAUUAAAGGUUUAAAUCCGAAUUGCCUUGAUACGCUGGGCAACACCGCCAUACACUUGGCGGUUUUGAAUGAUUUGGACGAGUUCUCACUUAGUAAACUUAUGACACAUAUUGAUUUAAAAAUUCUUCUUACCUUAAAUGAUGAUGGAUAUACUUCGCUGCAGUUGGCAAUAAGACAAGAUUGUUAUCUAUUAGCGGAAUGUAUACUGAAUGCAAUGGACAAGCGGUUGUCGGGAGAUGUUUUCUAUAAACGCGAUAUUGAUCCACUCGAAACAACCGAAAAGAUUAAAAGGUCUAAAUUCAAAAGCUAUUAUGAAAAUGUGUGCAUGGAAGUUGAUGAUUAUAAUAGAGGCGUUAUAAAAAAUCACGAUUUGAAGCAGAAGCUAUUACAGGCGCCCGAUAUGCGCAGCGGCAACACAGCAUUGUUUUUUGCGAUCGAAAAUGAAUCAGAACAUUUAAUAUACUUCCUAUUGGCCCAUUUGACUGAUCCUCGCACAGAAAACUUGGCAGGUCAAGACUGUAAAACAUUUUUCAAUGAAUUUGGUAAAACGUUAAAGCUAAGUUUAAAUAUCGAUACGGCUAUGGAAAAGGUUAUAAAAAUUUUAUCAUAAAAUCAUUUUAAAUAAUUAUGUAUAGAAUAAAUAAAAAUUCAAUCAAGUAAUUUGAAUGCAAACUA